AUGUCGACGCUAGGAGGUGGUACUGACAAGAGUGCCAAACAUGUAUUGGAUGAAUUUGGGCAACAAGUGUACGAGCAAGUGAAAAAUGGUGAGGCUAAAACAUAUUUUGAUGAAUUGCAUGGAGAUUUGUCAGAAGCAACAUAUCCAGGGGAUGAAAAUCCUAAUAAAACAACGCCACCAAAUCCAUGCUUACUUCAAUAUGAUUAUAAUAGUAAUGUUACCAUUGGUGGGGGUAGGGAGUAUCCUUGUAAAGAUAGACCAGAAGUUCGAUUUUCUGAUGAAUAUGGAGGUCAAUGUACUGAUAGUAAAAUAAAGGGUAACGAAGAUAAUAAAGGUGGAGCAUGUGCACCAUUUAGAAGGUUAUUUCUAUGUGAUCAACAUUUAUCACACAUGAAAGCUGAAAAAAUCAAUAAUAAACAUAAUUUAUUGUUAGAAGUGUGUCUUGCAGCAAAAUAUGAAGGUGAGUCAUUAAAAGGUUAUCAUGAUAAAUAUAAUGCAACUUAUUCUGAUUCUCGUUCUCAAUUAUGUACUGUAUUAGCACGAAGUUUUGCAGAUAUAGGAGAUAUUAUCAGAGGAAAAGAUCUUUUCAUUGGUUAUGAUAAAAAAGAUAGAGUACAAAAAAAAAAAUUACAAGAUAGUUUGAAAAACAUUUUCGGGAAUAUAUAUAAUGAGUUGACCACGAGCGGGAAGAAUGUGGACAAAGCAAAAGCUCGCUACAAUGAUCCUAAAGGAGAUUUUUUUCAAUUACGAGAAGAUUGGUGGGCACUUAAUAGAGAAAAAGUAUGGAGUGCUAUCACAUGCAACGCUCAAGGUAAUAAAUAUUUUCGACCAACAUGUUCUGGUGGAGAAAGUAUCGCUCAUAAUAAAUGCACAUGUAUUAAUGGAGAUCCUCCUACGUAUUUCGAUUAUGUCCCUCAAUAUUUACGUUGGUUCGAGGAAUGGGCCGAAGAUUUUUGUCGUAAACGAAAACAUAAAUUACAAAAUGCUAAAGAACAAUGUCGCGGAAAAAAUGGUGAAGAUAAAUAUUGUGAUCUUAAUGGAUAUGAUUGUAAGAGAACUAUAAGUGCAGAAAAGAAACUUUUCCCCGAUUCUGAUUGUAAUAAAUGUUCCUAUUCAUGUAUUCCUUUUAGAACAUGGAUAGAUAACCAAAAACUAGAAUUUCUAAAACAGAAAAACAAGUAUGAUAAAGAAAAAGAGAAAAACAAUGAUACAACAAAAACAACUCGAUAUGGUCCUAUUAAUAACUUAUAUGCAAAAGAUUUUUAUGAUAAAUUGAAACAACAAUAUAUAACUGUCGAUUCGUUUUUAGAAUUAUUGAAUAAAGAAAAAGAAUGUAAAAAUCACCCUGAAGUAGGAGAUGGAAAAAAAACUUUUGUUGAUUUUAGUAAUAAAAAUGUUGACGAAACAUUUUCUCGUACAGAAAUUUGCGAACCUUGUCCAUGGUGCGGGAUCGAAAAACAGGAAGAUGGAAAAUGGAAAAGGUUAAACGAAAAUGCUCCAGAAUGCCCCCAGGAAAUAGAAAAGACAUAUCCUGAAUCAAAUACAACGGAUAUACCAGUACUUACCCCAGAAAAAGGAAAGACAAGUAUACUACAAAAAUAUAGAAUCUUUUGUCAAAAUGCUGAAAACAAUAAACAAAUUAAAGAAUGGCAAUGUCAUUAUGAAAAAAAUGAUAAAAGUGAUGAUAGUGAUGAAACUCAUAAUAGUGAUAAUUGCAUACUAGGAAAAUGGGAAAAUUUUGAAAAGGGACAAGAAUUUAAGUCCUAUUAUUCAUUUUUUUAUGGUUCGAUUAUUGAUAUGUUAAAAGAUUCUGUAGAUUGGAGAGACAAACUUAAUAAUUGUAUAAAUAAUGAAACAAAAGCAUGUAAAAAUGGAUGUAACAAAAAUUGUGAUUGUUAUAAACGAUGGGUUGAAAAAAAACAACAAGAAUGGUCGAACAUAAAAAAACAUUUUGGAAAACAAGGAGAUUUGCUAGAAGAAAUUAAAGGAGAAGAUCCUGGCAAAAUUCUUGAAUUUUAUUUGAAAAGUAUUUUUUUACAAGAUAUGAAAGAAGCUCAGGGAGAUCCAAAAGCAAUAAAAAGAUUUACAGAUCUUUUGCAAAAGAAAAAUAAUCCAGGAACAGAUGAUACAACGAAAACAAUAAUUGAUAAAUUUCUCCAAGAGGAAUUAACAGACGCCAACAGAUGCAAAGAAACACAUAAAGACGACUGCUCCCAACAAGAAGUAACACGCCUACGUUCCGCCGACCCAUCACCCGACACUGUUGACUCCGCCUCAGAAGACGAAGACGAAGAGGACAAGGACCACCAGGAGGAAACGGAGGACACCGCACAAGACACGGGACAGGGGGAAGAGGAAACGGCCACAGAAAAGGUGGCACCAACAGUAGUAGACGUCUGCGCCACAGUGGCAGAAGCACUUACCAAAGGCGACUUGAAUGCCGCCUGCACUCUCAAAUACGGCACACCCAACAGAUAUUGGGGGUGGAAAUGUAUAGGUGACAAAACAGCCACUGGUGAAGCUCGUGCUGGUCGUGUCGCACGUAGUCCUCCCGAAACCGCCCCAUCUAGUGCUAAAAGUGGUGAACCCACUGGUAGUAUUUGUAUCCCACCCAGGAGACGACGAUUAUACAUACAAAAACUACACGAGUGGGCGAGUCGUGGUGGUGACGAGGCCACGAAGUCACAAUCACAGGCGGGUGGUAGUGAGGCACAACCACAAGGUGGCGAGAAGUCACCAAGUGGUAAAGUGUCGUCACAAAGUGACAAACUACGUACUGCGUUUAUUCAAUCUGCGGCAAUAGAAACUUUUUUCUUGUGGCAUAAGUAUAAAGCGGAAAAUACGAAGACACAAAGUGUUGGGUCACCACUACUACUACUACCACAACUACCCCGUUCAGGCAGUGAUGACAAGGACCCCGAAACCUCCUUAAAAAGUGGUACAAUCCCCAUCGAUUUCUUGAGAUUAAUGUUUUAUACAAUCGCGGACUACAAAGACAUAUUUGAGGGGAAGAAUAUGGAGGUGGUGAACUUGUUAAAGGAUGGUAGUCCUAGUGAUAAAGAAAUGCAGGAAAGAGAAAGUAAAAUAAAAGAUGCUAUAGAUAAAGUUUUCCCAAAUAGUGAUAACAAAAAACAUAGUGGUGUCCCCUCACAAACUGGCAACACAACCCCUCAAACCUUGUGGUCAAAAUACGCCGAACCCAUUUGGAAUGGAAUGAUAUGUGCUUUAACCUAUAGAGAUAGUGAGGAAAAAGGCGGUACACCAACACAAAACAACACUGUGAAAACUGAACUUUACGACAAAAACACCAAAGAAAACGGUAAAUACAACUACCACACCGUCACACUUGAAGAUGAUAGUGAUGAAACCCGCCCCAAAAUCGGCACCUCCCCUAGUGGUGAAAAAACCUACCUGUCCAAAUUUGUGUUACGCCCCCCCUACUUCCGAUACCUUGAAGAAUGGGGUGAAACAUUUUGUAGGGAACGGACGAGGAGGUUGGAGAAGAUACAGGGGGAUUGCACACAAGGUGAUGAUGAAUACAAAUGUAGUGGUUAUGGGGAAAAUUGUAAAGAUAUUCGUGAACAGGAUUAUAGUAUUAUUUCAAAUUUCAACUGCCCAGAUUGUGGAAAGUCUUGUAGAUCUUAUAAAAAAUGGAUAAAUAUAAAAAAAGACGAAUUUACUAAACAUUCAAAUGUGUAUAAUGAACAAAAAGAGAAAGCUAAAAAUAAUAAGGAUCCUGAAAGUAAAUCUGGUAACAUAUCGGAUCAUGAAUUUGUUGGAAAGCUUGAUAAAGAUUAUGCGUCUAUUGAUUCAUUUUUGGAAAAGUUAGGAUCAUGUUCUAAAAAUAAUAAGGAUAAUGGAGACGGUACAAUAAAUUUUAAGGAACCAGACGUAACAUUUAAACCUGCAGAUAAUUGUAAACCAUGUUCUGAAUUUAAAGUAAAUUGUCGAAAUGGUAAUUGCAAGGGUGCUAAUGGUAAUACGUGCAACGGAGAAACGGUUACUGCAGAAGAAAUUACAAAAAUGAGCGAUUCUACUGUAAUAGAUAUACGUGUGAGUGAUAACAGUGAAAAUGUAUUUGAAGAUAUUUUAGACGAAUGUCAAAAUGCAGGUAUCUUUGAAGGUAUUAGAAAAGAACAAUGGACAUGUGGUUAUGUAUGUGGUGUAGAUAUAUGUGAACAGACAAACGUUAAUGUAAAUCAAAAUGAUAAAGAAUAUAUACAAAUUAGAGCAUUGCUUAAACGUUGGGUAGAUCAUUUUUUAGAAGAUUAUAUUAAAAUUAAACAUAAAAUUUCACAUUGUAUAGAUAAUGGUAAAGGAAACAUAUGUAAAAAUAAAUGUAAUGAUAAAUGUAAUUGUGCAUCUAAAUGGAUAGAUGAAAAAAGGACAGAAUGGAAAACAAUACGAGAUCGUUACUUCGAACAAUAUAAGGGUGCUCAAUCAGACGUUUAUGAUGUGAAAGGUUUUUUGGAGGACUUGCAAUCUCAAAUUCCUGUUACAAUUAACAAAGCUAUAGAACCUUGUAAAGAUUUAGGUGAGUUCGAGAGGUCAACUCAUUGUAAUGGAGCUGCGAGCUCAGAAAAUGGAAAACCUCAAAAAAAAGAUAUCAUAGAAUGUUUGCUUGAUAAGCUUGAAAAGAAAACAAAAAAGUGUAAAGAUGACCACCCCCAACCUAGUGCCGAAAACCAAGCACAAACGUGUGAAAAUUCCGCCCACGUUGAAGAUGACGAUGAACCCCUUGAAGAGGAAGGAGACCAGAAUCCAGUGGGAAAACAACAACCAUCAUUUUGUCCGCCAGUGGAAGAUAAAAAAAAAGAGGAAGAAGGAGAAACUUGUACACCGGCAUCACCAGCACCAGCACCAGCACCUAGUGAGGAUCCCCCAGUUCCUGCUCCAGCUGGUGACCAAAAAGAAGCCUCAACUCCAAAAGUGGCACCAAGACCAAAACCCCCCCGAGUGAAACCCCAACAACCCGGCGACGACCCGUGGGAACCCCUGAAAAAUGCCAUGUUAUCUUCGACGAUCAUGUGGAGUAUUGGCAUCGGUUUUGCUACAUUCACUUAUUUUUAUCUAAAGAAAAAAACCAAAUCAUCUGUUGCAAAUUUAUUCCAAAUACUGCAAAUACCCAAAGGUGAUUAUGAUAUACCUACAUUGAAAUCAAGCAAUAGAUAUAUUCCUUAUGCUAGUGAUCGAUAUAAAGGCAAAACAUAUAUUUACAUGGAAGGAGAUAGUAGUGGUGAUGAAAAAUAUGCAUUUAUGUCUGAUACUACUGAUGUUACUUCCUCAGAAAGUGAGUAUGAAGAACUGGAUAUUAAUGAUAUAUAUGUACCAGGUAGUCCUAAAUAUAAAACGUUGAUAGAAGUGGUACUUGAACCAUCAAAAAGAGAUAUACCAAGUGGUGAUAUACCACAUACAAAUAAAUUUACAGAUAAUGAAUGGAAUCAAUUGAAAAAAGAUUUUAUAUCUAAUAUGUUACAAAAUACCCAAAAUACGGAACCAAAUGUUUUACAUGAUAAUGUGGAUAAUAAUACCCAUCCUACCAUGUCACGUCAUAAUGUGGACCAAAAACCUUUUAUUAUGUCCAUACAUGAUAGAAAUUUAUAUAUUGGAGAAGAAUAUAGUUAUGAUAUGAGUACUAACAGUGGUGAAAAUAAUUUAUACAGUGGUAUUGAUCCAACAAGUGCUAACCAUGAUUCUUAUAGUGGUAUAGAUUUAAUCAAUGACGCACUAAAUGGUGAUUAUGACAUUUACGAUGAAAUAUUGAAACGAAAAGAAAAUGAAUUAUUUGGGACAAAUCAUACGAAAAAAAAUACAUCAACCAAUAGUGUUGCAAAAAAUACAAAUAGUGAUCCUAUACUCAAUCAAAUAAAUUUGUUCCAUAAAUGGUUAGAUAGACAUAGAAAUAUGUGCGAACAGUGGGAUAAAAAUAAAAAGGAGGAAUUUUUAGAUAAAUUAAAAAAAGAAUGGAACAAAGAAAAUAACAAUAAUAGUGGUGACAUUAACAAUAGGUAUGAGAAUGUGUUGAAUACUGAUGUUUCUAUUCAAAUAGAUAUGCAUAAUCCUAAACCAAAGAACGAAUUUACGAAUAUGGAUACAAACCCUGAUAAUUUCAUUAAGGAUACUAUAUUGAAUGAUCUGGAAAAACAUCGUGAACCCUACUUCUAUGAUAUUUAUGAUGAUGAUAUCACUUAUUUUGAUACAGAUGAUGUUAAACCACCUAUGGAUGAUAUACACAUUAAAGAACAAACUGAAAUGAAUGCUCUUCAUAAUAAUAAGAUGAAUGAAUUGUUAGAAAAGGAAUAUCCUAUAUCAGAUAUAUGGAAUAUAUAA